UUACUCCAAGAUACCAUUCUAUCAUUCACAGUCGAAUUUAUGGGACAAGUACCCUAUCUAUCGCGCGCCUGAAACUCUUUCUUGAGUGAGAUUCCUUGAACAUUGCUCAACAUGGAGGGAAUGUCCUCAUCACCAAGUUCUGGUCAACCUUCUCCCAUGACUCCUUCAAAGAGGAUGUUAGAAUUGUACGAGGCAUCGGUAGAUUUUACAGCUGGUGCUAUAGGUGGAGUAGCCUGCACUUUUGUCGGUCAGCCAUUUGACACAAUCAAGGUGAAAAUGCAGACAUACCCCCAGCUAUAUAGGGGAUCAAUGCAUUGUUUGAAGGACACAGUGGGACGGGAAGGGGUAAGAGGAUUGUUUGAAGGCACCACCCCUGCUCUAGCAGCUAUCGUUGGUGAAACAGCUGUUUUAUUCAUGUGUUAUGGACUCUGCCAGAAAGCUGUCUGUCAGGCAGUAGGAACAAAGGAUGAAAAAGACUUGACAAACAUUCAAAAGGCUUUCAGUGGGUCAUGUGCAGCUUUCUUCUCAUCAUUGGUGCUAUGUCCGACAGAGCUCAUCAAAUGCCGUAUGCAGGCUAUGAGUGAGGUCAUGUCAACGUCAGACUCUCUACGAAAGAAAGUAGGACCAUGGCAAGUCACCAAAGAUCUUCUACGUUCAGAUGGACCAUUAGGCUUGUUCCAAGGUCUCACUAGUACAUGGUUAAGAGAGAUGCCGGGGUACUUUGCAUUCUUCUUUGGGUAUGAGUUAAGCAAGACAUUACUUACACCGCCAGGAAAAACUAAAGAAGAUUUAAGUUUUACAAGGUUAACUAUAGCAGGUGGCGUAGCUGGUUCAUCUCUAUGGAUAGCCAUCUACCCCAUUGAUGUUGUCAAAUCCAGAAUUCAAGUCCAGUCACUAGUAGGCAAGAUGCCCGGAUUCCUGCCAACUUUCACAAAAAUGCUCAAGGUUGAAGGUGUGUCGUCACUAUUCAGUGGUGUUUAUCCCUGUAUUUUACGAGCAUUCCCUGCCAAUGCUGCUAUGCUACUUGCCUAUGAAGCAAGUAGAUCAUGGAUGAGGAACCAUAGACCAGGCUGGUUAGACCGAUAUUAGUAUCUGGGAUAGACCAGGUCCUAUCAUCCACUCCCAUACCAUGAUUGAUGGACCAGCAUAGUUACCAGGACAGGUAUGACAUUGCAAAGUAAAGAUUGGCUUCUGUCAUACUGUCAUCCUAGACCACAUUCAUUAGACUGGUGUAAACAGCUCAAGUACAGAUAGACCUGGUCUUGUCUUCCAGUUAUAGGUCACAAUAAAUUGACUUAUGCAAUGCAUGUUGUAGACCAGGUCCUGUUUUCAAAGUUGGUAACACUGGGUAAACCUGAUGGGCGUUUCGUAAAGCCGUUCUUAAGUUACGAGCGACUUUACAAACGUCUGGUGAUCCUUUAUUGUGUACCGUAAGUGAUACACACAGAUUUCUAUUGGCUUUAAUAUAGUCCCUAAGAAAGGAUCACCAGAUUUUUGUAAACUUGCUCAUAACUUACAAGCCGCUGUUUGAAACACCUACCUCGUCCUAUCAUAAAGAAACUAAAAUAAAUGAUACUUGCAUUCAUAUACAGUACAAAAUAUAGGCUUGGUCAUAUCAUCUGAUCAAAACAGACACUGAGUAGAUUUAUUUUAUCACUGACUAUUGAAGAUAACCCAGAGCCUGUUACCCAAUCAUCAUAUCAUAGAGACAAGGGUCAUAUUUCUCAAAGUAAAAUUGACUAUUUUUAUAUGCUACAGACUGAAUCAUAGUUAUCCACAAUGUGCAGUGUGAACAAAGUUUAUCAAUCUUUUUCUGAUAUAACGUUUAUAGCGGACAUAAAGAGUAAACUCUUAUCAUGUCAUAAGUGCACAAAAUGUAUGUAUGUUUAACUUAUCAAGCAAUACCAGUAUGUUUUGAAAAUUGAAAUUUAUACCACUGCCUCAUUGGACAAAUGUUAUAGUGGAAAUUGAAUUUGAAGACUAGGUUGGGUCCCCUCUCUACAAUUUUGUCCUUUCUCUUGUCAAUAGAAAUCUUGAAAAUUAUUCAUGGUACUUAUUUAUAUUGAAGAAAUUUUCUAAUUUUUAUCUUAUAUUUUUGUAUGUUAUUACACAAUGAAAAGAAUAAUAUCACAAUUAAUGAAGGAAAAGAAGGUGAAGAGUGGUUUUACUUUACUUUAAAAUCUCUCUUACUGCUAGACCAGGCUGGACCAGGUUGGUCCUGAUCGAGCGGUGGAAACACACACCGGGUUCCAAACUUUUUUCACUCCUUUGGUAACAGAUCUGACGUCCUGUCUCCGACAUCACUACAAAACGGUCCUGCUGGGGUCCACUCUGCGUAUUCACUGCUCGACCAGGACUGGCCUAGCCUGGCCUGUUGCUAUAGCAGGGGUCUAAGACUAGUUGGCUGUAAAUUUGAUAAAAUUCAGUCAUAUUUUAGAACUCAUCCUUUGGUUUUGGUCAUUUUAUCCUGCUAUUUAUCAUUUUAUUUGAAAUUUGACCAUUUCUUUUGAUAUUAUUUGCAUGAAAUUAUGCUAUAGUUUUGAUUUAAUAUAUGUAAUAUUCAGGGGCCAUAAUGAAACUGUACAUUAAUUGAAUUGAAUUUAAGAAAUGUUUAUAUUUUGUUUACAUAAUGUACAUGAUUUGUAGUCGAAAAUAGCGAAAAGAAAUAAUUUGUUCCCAUGAAAUAAAAUGAUUUCCAGUUAAAUUUAUAUAUAAAAGAUGUCAUGCUAUAAUGCAAAAUUUAUUAUAAUUUUUUUUUUAAUGAAACAAAAACCAAAAGAGGAGACCCAAAACUUAUAUGCUGACGGCAUAUUCCAUGAUUUGUUUUCCUUGAUUGAUUUGAAAAUCUUUAGAUCUUUAAUUCAUAGCCUAAAAUGAAUGAUGUAUAACAGAUCUAAGGGGUGUUUCAAAAAGGGGUGUAGGACCUAAAGUCUUGUUGCACUAUUUAGAAAUCACAUUCAGGUAUCAGAGUCUAGUAUUCAGACUCAAUGUACAUGUAUUUUAUAUAUUUGUCAUAGAACUGAAGCACCUUCUUGCACCUUGACUCUGCUGAACAGUAAUAGUCAUGUUACUAGCCACAAUGUAUACAUGUAUUUAUGAUAUCUAUUUUGAUACUGCAGUAAAAAAGUAGAGACUUUAUCCAUUGUUGUAAAUGAUUUAAAAACUAGUUGAGAAGUUUUUUAAUGAAUUGACAGAGCGAUCAUCUUGGGAAAGAUCCUAUUAUAGUUUUGAAUGUAACUUUACUCCUGAAAUAUGUGAAACUCACUUCUACAGUAAUGCAAUGUCCUUAAUGAACAAAAUAGUUGCUAGCAAUGAUUGUUUUGAAGUGCUUUAGAGCUAAUACAAUGGACUCACAAUACGGCGCACCAUCUAUCACUUGCAGCAGACAGGCAAAUUUCUAACUUGGGGGUCGUUGUCAUUAUUCUCAAGCGCUGGCAGCUCACACUGCUAGUGUACUGUGACUGUGAUGCUUAAGAAAUGAAAACCAUAUGGCAAAAGCGAGGAAGAAAUCACCGAGAAGGGUCUAAAUUUCGCAAAUAAAUAUGCAGCAAAUUUCUCUCCCACCUCCUGGACCCUGGUAAACAGCAUUAUUUCAUGCAAGCCGGCCGAACUGCUACGGCCAGCAAAGCAUAAUUGCAUGCAUGCACUAGCAUGUAACAAUAAGAUUGACUUUUUACCAUGAGGCAUUGUGUAUAUUGGUUUGUCCGUAUCGUGAAUCUACCGAAAUGCAAGUUUGCAACUGUUCCGAAGUUUGCCAAUUAUUGUUGUACACAGGGUUAUUCCACAUAAACAUUCAGAUCGGAUUUGUUAGGAUUGAUUGAUUGAUUGAUUUACAGUAUGUAUAACUCUCAUAGAAAUAGAAUUGAAAGAUAUCUACUUUCAUCAUUAUAAGAAUCAUAUAUUGUAUAUAUUGCAUAGAGCAAAAGUGCAAUAUUUUGCAGUUGUGUUCCAAUGAAAUAGAAGUCUUGUGUUACAGUACAUUGUAGGUACACCAAGGAAAAGAGUGAUCAAUUUGAACAUUUAUACUAUCUUCUUGGGAUAUGCUCAUAGACAUUUGUACAUGUAUCAUUUGGCAGUAAGAUGAGGCACCUUGUCAAAGUAAGUGAUGCAUCUUUUGCGCUGGAAUCUUGCUUUGAUUCUCAAUUCUUGUACUUCAUUAUAGACAAAACAAUGGUGAGUGCAGGAAAGCCACUAUAAACAGGACACAUGGUGUCUUUAAAGCGGGAUUCCUGCUAACAGACAUGGCACAGACAAGGUACCUAAAGAUGACUUCAAUGAAGAGAAUUUAUUAGGGAAUGUGAUACUGACCACGAACCCUGUGCCUGGGGGUGAGUGUUGUAAAGAAUGAGGUCUGACUAAAAUUCAUUAUUGAGUGCUAAUGCGCACAUGAGACUUAACAUGCAAUCUAAUUUUUCAUCUUUUGGAAGAACAACUUGACCACUUAAUGAUUCCUACGUGAUUGCUCUUGAAUAUCACUCAACGCAUCCUGUAAACAUAUUGCAGUAGUCCUGCGUGAACUGCUUGACUCUCAAAAUAAAUCUUAUGGGGUGUUGUAACUUACUUGCAAUUGAAUGCAAGCCAAUUUCAGGUCACCAAAUCAAUUGAAAAUCACACAUUUUAUUGCAAAUUUGCAGUUGAUGGGUGGUCUGCUUCUUGCAUCAACAAGUACAAAUUGAUUUGCUUCUGUAUUUAAAUUGAUCUAUUACUUGUAAAUUUACAUUUCUUGCAACACCCCCUUAGUCUUUUCUGACUAUGUUCUCAAAUUGUUUAGAGGCUGUUAAUUUACUAUGUGCUGAAUUCAUUUUAGGGGAUAAUGCUGAUGUUUGUUGUUUGAUAUUUCUUUUUUAUCUUGCUUUCCUCAUUUCACCUUUAAGACAGAUGAUUUUCUAUAGAUUCUACUUAAACAUAAUACUACUAGUCAUUUGUUAUUCUACCAUACAAGGGUGAUAGAAAAUUGAAUGUUAUGAAGGUGUUUAAUGAAUGUGCGAAAUUGCAUUUUUGUAUGCAAAGGGUUUCCUUUUUAAAGUAUAUUAUUUUACUUACUAUUUAUGAUAAUAAUGUUCUUAAAUUUUUUGAUUUAUUUUGCACAACUGUUCAUGAAGGUUUGCAGAUAAUUUUAAAAACAAAUUCACACCAGCUGAAAAUACUAAUUCUACUUCUACCACCACUGCUACCACAAUGCUCACAACUACCUGUGACUACUACGACUGCAACAACUACUCUGACCACUACUACUACUGCUGCUGCUGCUGCUACUACUACUACUACACUGUUAGAAAUUUAUCCUUAAAAUAAAAGAAGUUCCUGCAGCAGAGUCACGAUAACACCUGUAAUCUUACCAGAUUGCGUAAUCUUACAGGAAAUUGGUAUGUGGUGUAUGGAACCUUACAAAUUUACUUUAAGAAAACACCCUUUUCCCCUUUUUAAACAGACCUGUUCUUUUAAAUUGCAGAAAAAUUCCUGUUUUAUGAAUUUACAGAACGAUUCUGUUAUUGCUUUCUGCAAAAUCUUAUUUUUUCCCCUGUAAAAUCAGGUUUUUUUAAACAGUGUACUACUACUACUACUACCACCAUUAUUGGUGAUAUAGUGGUAAUAUAUUAUUAUGGAAUAAGUAUUUUGUAUUGAUUUUAUGGUAUUCUGACAUGAAUUGACAUAGAGCAUAUCUAUGAAGUGAGAUCAUGUUUUGGUUUUCUGGAUGUAAUUAUCUGAUAGAAAUAUGAUAUUGGUAUUGUUUAUAUUGAGGCUGCAAAAUAUAUAAUUUUGAGAGGAAAUAAGUCUAAUUUUAUGAUUGUCGAAGAAUGCUGUGCUGUGUCUGAGACGCAUUUCAUUAAAAAUAAAAUGAAAUGAAAAUUUAA